UUCAGUGCGUCUGGAGUCCGAGCCAGAGCAGCAGCUGCGGAGCCUCCGGCGAACUCGCUGAACACAAAUCCGGCGAACGCGCUGGACACAAAUCCGGUUUAAAUUAACUCGAUCACAACAGAUCGGAGCGAGGAAAUCUCGGCGACAGUUCGCGAUUGCGUGCCCUCAUGAAGUGCGCCUGAAAAAGCUGAAAGUUUCACGUUAGCGCCGAAUUUCAUUCAUCGUUUCAGCGAUAGUGAAGUACUCGUGCUGUGUUGUGAAAGUACUACCUGCCCAUUCAUGAUUUCAGUGAUUACUUAGCGGUUCCUCAACGGGAUGUGAGGUCGAGAUUAUUUGUAAUAACUAUCCUAACUAUGUGGUUCAUUAGUGCUGCUGCAGGCGUAACUCUUCACACAAGUUCUGUGCACAUUUCAGUGAAGUGACUUCAACGAUGCGUGAGCGUGAAACAGUUACGAAAAGUCCAUUUGUUCUGUGAUAAUUUCUGUGUAAGAUUCAGUGAUAUAGUGAUUACGUUCAUUUGUAGGAUUACUCUUUUAUGGCUAUUAUGGAUUACGUACGACAUAUAUUGUGCUUAAUGACCGUCGGUUUAAGUUUGGUCUAUGGUCAGCAACAAUAUUUCCGAGUGCAACCUCGGGAUGUCAAAGUGCAAGAAGGUGGUGAGGCGAUGCUGGAAUGCGAGGUGGCUAAUUUGGCGGGUCAGGUGCAAUGGACCAAGGACGGAUUCGCCUUAGGGUUCUCGUCGGUUAUUCCGGGUUUCCCUCGAUACUCUGUGAUCGGUGACCGUCGUCACGGUAUAUAUAACUUGAGGGUGAGCAAUGCUUCCCUAGAGGACGACGCCGAAUACCAGUGUCAAGUGGGACCGGCAAGGCUUCAUAAGGCAAUUCGGGCAAACGCUAGGCUCAACGUCAUCUCGCCGCCAUCAUCCGUUGAAAUUUUAGACCACCGGCAUAAUUCAAAGAUUGAAAUAAAAGAAAAUGAAGAGUUCCAUCUCGAAUGCAGAGUGCGAAAUGCAAAACCAGCAGCAAAAAUUGUCUGGUACAGAGGAAACGUAGAAUUAAACAUACCCAAUCGCGAUGAUCAAAUAAUUGAAGUUCCCGGGAAAAACGGGGACAAAAGGGUUACCAGAUACGACACGCAUUCUCGUAUAUCGUUGAAGCCAACAGCUGAAGAUGAUUAUGCCGAAUACACGUGCGAAGCGAGGCACGAAGCAUUAUCUUCCGACAUACCUAUGAGAACAACAGUGCAGCUUAGCGUAUUUUAUCCGCCUGGUUUGCCAUAUAUUGAGGGGUAUACGGAAGGGGAGACUAUUCGACGAGGCCAAACCGUGGAGUUGGUGUGUCGAAGUAGAGGAGGCAAUCCUCCAGCCCAAUUAAUCUGGUACAAGAACGGCGAACAAAUCCGAAUGGCGUACAGAACGGCCGGAAGAGUUUCAGAAAACGUUUACACUUUCACAGCGGACGCCAGCGACAACAAGGCAAGAUACAAGUGCGAAGCAAGCAACAUCAUGUCCAAAUCUCCAUUGAAAGCAGAAGUCGACAUGACCGUUUUAUUUUCUCCAGCACAUGUCACCAUAUCAGGUCCAACCGAGGCCAGAGUUGGCGAUCCAGUUCCCUUGACUUGCACAACCGCAAAAUCGAAUCCGCCUGCGGAAAUUAAAUGGAUGGUGGCCGGCAGACAGGUUAGAAAUGCCACCUCCAGAACUGUUGUUUCUCCAGAAGGAGGCUGGAUUACAACCUCCAACAUCACAGCCGUUGUUGAACCUAACAGGAGAAGUUUAGUUGUAAUUUGUCACGGACUGAACAUGCAGUUAACAGAAAAUGUAGUCUCUACACAUACUAUCAAUGUUUUAUAUCCACCAAGUCCGCCUUUUAUUCAUGGAUAUACGGAGGGGUCGCAUAUACCGUCGGGAACUGUGCAAAAGAUCUCGUGUACAUCAUCUGGAGGAAACCCUCUGGCAACUCUGACGUGGUAUAAAAACGACAAGAAGAUCAAUUCAGUUAUAAAAACGACUGACAAAUCGGUAACGGCAGAAAUAACGAUCCUAACAAAUGUUACUGACAAUGAAGCCAGAUACAGAUGUGAAGCGGCGAAUUCAGCAACCGAGAUUCCAUUAUUUGAAACCAUCACUAUGAACGUCUAUUUUCCUCCGGACCAUGUGAAAAUUCGGAAAGAUCCCGUGGAAUUAAAACCAAACGAGCAAGCAACGUUAACGUGCGACUCGAGUUCAAGUAAUCCCCCAGCUAAAUUAUCAUGGUGGAGGGAAGGCAUCCCCGUACAAGGUUUGUACAACACGACGAAAGCAGGUCUUCAUGGAGGCACCGUGUCCACAAUCGAACUAAAACUUAAUAUCACGGAACAACUUAACGGAAUUGUUUACACAUGUCAAGCUACUAAUGAAGCCUUACAACGUUCCGUUCACGACGCCAUCACUCUCCAAGUUUUAUACAAACCCGUUUUCGAUAAAGAUAACGAAGAAGCGGUCACAGGAGUAGAAGGCGAGCCACUAAUCAUCACGCUGAAAGCGGAUGGCAAUCCGCAAAAUAUCGCAUACACCUGGACCAAAGACGGCCUACCGAUUAUACAAUCGUCAACUAGUUCUGGUGUGGAACGGAUCAUCUCCGACGGUCCGGUUUUAAAUAUAACAAGAUUAAGCAGACAUGACGCUGGCACGUACACGUGCGAAGCGAUAAAUUCGCAGGGCAGUUCGGUCACUCAGAUUAACAUUACUGUCCAAUAUGCGGCGACGAUCGUUGCCACAAGCGAGAGUGUGAUAGUAAAUCCGAAUGAAGAUGCCACACUCUCGUGUACAGCGGAUGGCAAUCCGUUGUCUGAUGAUACGAUUACGUGGAAAAGAGACGAUUUUCCGGAUUUCGAUGCCCGCACUUCAGUCAUGUAUGAUAAAAAUGGAACGUCAUAUCUGAGGAUAACUGAUGUCACGAGGGACGAUUUAGGAAAUUUCCAGUGCACUGUCAACAACGGAGUUGGGAAUGUUACAACAAAAGAUGUGAUGCUCAUAGUGAAACAUAAACCCGAAAUCGACGAACAUCCUGCUCUGCUGAAAUUUGCAAGCGAUGCGGGCGACACGGGGAAAGUUAUUUGCAAGAGUCAGGCAUCUCCUCUAGCUAGAUACUCUUGGGCUCGAUCAGGGUCGCCAAUUACUGCCAACACCACAGGAAAAUACUACACUACUUUUAGACAGAUCGACGCUUUAAUGUCUGAAUCCGUCCUGUACAUUACUCACGUAACUUCAUCCGAUUACGGUAACUACGAGUGCGUUGCGAGAAAUGAACUAGGCUUUUCUACAAUUUCACCGAGACUUGAAGUAACUUCUGCUCCAGAUACGCCGACGCUUCUAACAAUAUUAAAUGUGACUCACGAUACCGUUACACUGGGAUGGACACCUGGUUUUGACGGUGGCAUGAAAGCCUCUUAUCGCAUUAGAUACAGACAAGUAAAUGAUGAUGGCUAUAAAUAUGUGGACGUAGUGCCUCAUAAUGCGACUACUUUUACAAUACGUGAUUUGGAGGUUAACACACAAUACGUGUUUUCCAUUAUGGCGAUGAAUAAAUUGGGAAACAGCAGGUUUAUUCCUGAUCUAUUGUCUGCGAAAACAUCAAACAAAGUACCUCCGUCUUAUUCGUCACCCAGCUUAGAUGAGAAAAACUUGAAAAACUUCCCCGGUUUCCUUGUAAUAGUGGGCACUAUUGUGGGCACCUUACUAAUACUAAUGAACGUCUUGCUAAUUGGUUGUUGCUUACACAGAAGAUCCAAGAAACGUGUUUCAGAACAAAGUAAUCAGACUAGUAAAUCGGCUACCAUCGAAAUGUAUGCUCCGAGUAGCUACAACGAUACCGUCACAGGUGAAACAUUAUCCUCAGUUAGUGAGAAAAGUGAAACUUACAGUAACGAAGGAAGUAACAACGACUACGUGGAGGAUGGCCGUAAACAAGCAACGAGCACUUACCUCAUGGACCAACAGGACUACCCAGGUGCGUACCCAGUGUGUCCCAGUUAUGAGCUUCAGAUGCAACCUAACAUGGCUCACAAAACUCACACUCUUCCUCAUCCUCAUCAUCACCACCAGCAUCAUAUGCAUGAUAGGACCAGAGCUAGAGAUGACCAAAGCCUUGGCUAUCAUGGUACUAUGUCAGCAAAAUCGUCGUACGUGAGUGCCCCAUCGCCAGCACCUCCAGCAGACGGGUCCUAUUACAACAUGUCCGACCGCUAUCUUUCGUAUCCACCACCUCUAGAUUUUCAAAAUCCGCCUCCAAUACCGGCACAUCCUCACGUGGGUCAUAUGCACAACCCGGUGACACCGCCUCUUCCGGCCAACGGAUCUCUUCUCCGCCAUCAGCGAGGUGCCGUUCCACCGCCAGACGUUUUACACAACACCAGCCAGAAUCCCCAAAUUCUCCAAGCUCAAACUCUUGCUCAGAAACGAGAACUGACUAGUUUUGGUAAUGGUUAUGGUGUUAAUGAACAAGAAGGACAUCUUGUCUGAGACAAGGAGGAUAUUUUAUAUGUCCUGUAAAAUAUAAAGUGCGACUGAUGCUCAAUUUCGGUGUAUUGAGCGGUUAAUAGACUGUGAAUUAAAAAAGGACUCAUUUCAAACGAAUUUAAAUGAAAGCUAAUAUCACUGCAAUAUAAAGACAUAAGUAAUCAAUUAAUAACAGUGUAUUUUGCUAAUUUUACUUAACAAGAACUCUGUAAAAACAAUUGAUAGUGUUGUUUGGAUAUAUUGUUAAAUGUUGAAUUAUUGUCAGUACUGAAUUCGAUAUGCGUAAGAAGAUAAUAUAAAUUAUAGAAACCAUUAAUUUUCGUUUGGGGUUACACAUUUUAUUUUAUUUUUGCUACGUGUGAAUACUGGCUGAACAACCAAACCGAUGUUAAAACAGCGGUUAUAAUUUUAGUUUGACGAUUGAUUUUUUUUAGAAAAUACGUAUUAUCUCCUUAUGCUUAGCAAUAAUUUAACGAAAUGAAUAUUUCGUUACGAAAUAUAAAAAAUGAACAAAUAACAUGCCAACUGAUAAUCAGUUUAUUUAAUUAAUAAAUUAAUGUGAUCGUUGUAUGUAAAGAACCUAUUGUUAUUUUUGUAAUGAAGCCUCUUAUAUUGCCCACUUAACAGUUUUAUUUUAAGUUAUAGAAUUUAAGUUCUUUUUGUACAUACUUUUUACAAUUUUUUUAUAUGAGUAAAAAAUGUUAUUUACUAGUCCAAUCCAACAACCAAAGUGUUACUUCUUUGU